AUGGAAAAUUCGAUCGAGAUUCCAACGCUGAAUGAAGAACCCGUGUUCAUCGUAGCCUUACAAGUCAUCUUUGUUUUACUUCUCAUCAUUUUCGGUCUCAUCGGAAAUUUCAGUGCCUGCGCAAUGGUUUAUACACACCGUCAUCUUCAAACAGUCCCAAACUUCCUAAUUGUAAAUCUCAGCAUCUCAGAUAUUCUGCGAAUUGCCUUUACUCUCUUGGUUUCAACCGGUGUCCUCAUAAAAAGGCAGUGGAUUUUCAACGAAACUCUCUGCCGCGUCAACGGCUGCUACACGCUGACGUUUCUUUUGGCGUCUUUAAUGUCAGUGACAAUUAUAAGCGCCAACAGGUAUUUUUUGAUCGUACGCCCCAGUGAAAGCGCCACAUUUUUCAGCAAACGAAGGACAAGAGCGAUGGUGGUAUUACUGUGGUUUCUCGCCGUGUUUAGUGCUCUUCCACCCAACUUUGGCUGGGGCCAUUAUGGAUUUUUCGCUUCUCGCGCGACUUGUUUCAUCGCUGUUGGAAGCAGUUACUCCUACACGACUUUCCUGGUGCUGGCAUUCAUUGCAACGCCAUUUUCGGUCUUGAUAUGGUGCUACUUCAAGAUUUACAUGGCUAUUAGAAGAAGCAGAAGACGUGUGAUGGAGCAGGGCGUGAGAACUUUAGCCAGGACACUGAGUGCGGAAGGUAAAGAAAGCCGGAUCCACAAGGAGGUAAGUAAUAAAAUUGGCUGUUUUAUAAUUAAUAAUUUGCCUUGAGUACUUUAUGAAAAGCCUUCAUGUAUUUGGCUUAUAUUGAUGAUCACUCUCUGCAAUACAUGGUCCAUAGCCUCUUACACUUGUUUAAAGCCGACUCUGAGAAUGAUAUGCACAGAGCAAAACAAAACCCGAAAUUUGAAGUGAAACAUUGAGAACACCAUAUUUCAAAGUCAUAACCGAUUUAAAAGGCAUCACCAAGUUUUCCGUCAACGGACGAACGGAGGGUUUUUUGGUACUUGUUACUGUUCAUACUCGAGAAUUUUUUUGGUAAUCUAGCGAUUGAACUUUCGAUCGAUCGAUAUAUUUUGUUUGUUUAUGAUCCCAGUUCCAAUGUUGCGUAAGUUUCUGUUUCUAUCGUACCUAUUCAAAAACACUUGAAACAUCUUUUAUUGUAAAGUCUGGUCCUUUUUCUUCUCCAACUUAAGAAACUAAAAUAAUCGACAUUCACAGUAUAUAAUAAGGUUUUCUCUUUAUUUUGUUAGAUUUGAAACAUGUUUAAAUUAAUUUCAGUUCUUGGCAUGGAAAUGAGUUUAAAAAGGCAAAAAUCUAAUGAAUUGUUUACCUAAUGCCCAUUCUCAUUUGUGACGUUUUAUCGUUCUGAAAAAGAAACGUACCAGAUCACAUUUCUUCUUUGAAUACGUACCUUGCGCAUUCUUAAUAAUUCUUAAUAAUUGCCGUCAUGUUAGUCUUUAUGGAUCAAAUUUUUUGAGGACAUAAACUCGAAAAUUGUCGGAAAAAUACCGGCAGGAAAUGUCAAGCACAGAUCAUUUCUUUUUUAUUGUGGCCGACAUUUCUGUCAAAGAAAAUCAUGACAGUGUCUUAUGAUAGGAAAGCAAUAACCGGCAGCAGUUUUACAAAUGAAGUGUUUUUCUCUCGGGGAGGUACUUCUGGGAAUUCUUGGUGGGGGUGUGCCGCCCAGUUCUCCAAAUCCUGACCCUAUUUCAGAGGAAAAAAUGUCAUUUUUCACAUCCGUUUUCAGACCUGGCCUCUAAAAAAUUAUGUCCUCCGCUAUUACUUACAGCUGUAGAUCAGAACACCAACAAAAAACUAUUUCUUAAAAUCCACUUCGAAUUGGUAUAUUUCUCUUUCUUUCUUACUCAUUUUGGAAUUGAAGUGAUAAAUACGUUCAUACACUCCUGUAGUUUCCCCGAAAACCAUACCCGAUUCCAGACCAAAACGGCGCAAAAUCAUACCCUUUGGGGCGUACCCCUUCCCCGGAUUUUUUUUCAUAGUCAACUCUCUUAUACACAGGAGCAAAUUUUUGAUACGUUUUAAAUUAUCGAUGUUCUAAAUAAGGAAAUUCUUAUCAAGUCUGUUGUGAAGGCUAAUGGUGUAAGACGUAUCGCUUUUGAAACGCCCACGUGCAUACGCAGUUUGGUGUUGUUUUUAGAGCACGAGGUUUCUAGUUUUCUAUCUGUUCAGCCAAACAUUGUGUACUAGUCAGUGAAAACCGAUCAUUACUCUUGGCAAACACGUGUAGAUGCAUCCAGAGUAUGCUAGGGUAAACCAGCCUCGGCAGUGAAUGCUAAUGUAAACCUGACUAAGGCCCUGUUUACAUGGAGUGGGGGACCCCGGUUUAGUGGGGUAGGUUUCUUUUGUUUUGUGUCCUCCAGAGCGUGAAAACAAAAGAAACCAAUCCCACUAGACCGGGGUCCCCCACUCCAUGGAAACAGGCCCUAAGUACGUUCAUACUGGAUAUGCCAGGAGCCCAUAACCCGGAGUUAGCAACUCCCAUACUAGGUCUAUGUCACGGCGUUUUUACGGAACAUUUUAUUUUUAGACACCUUUUAGGGCACUUGUUCCCGCGAAAAUAGAAUCUUCACCAUUUCUAUAAGCGCAUUCGAAGUAUAAAAAACUAAAAGGCAAAAAUUAUCUUAUUUAAGUGUGUAGGGUUUGCUGACUGGUUUGUGCAAUUUAAAAGGUAUUCAAAAUUCGCGCCAAAGCCGUUCUAAAAAUAAACUGGUCCGUGAAAACGCCGUGGCAAGAGCGCAUGGAAAUUGCUCGCUCCAGUUAUGGGCUCCUGUUAUGCUUAAAUAUGGGUAUAUUUAGAAAUAUAUUAAGCAUAUAAAAUAUAUUUAAGCGUAACAGGAGCUAUAACUAUUAAAAUGGUUACAGCGUUGACCGCGAAGGGUGGUUCUAGAGGGUGAAAAGCCAGAAAAAAAUGUCACUGUUUGGCAGAAAUGUUUAGUAAAAAUUAUUGUUUUCAUUAUGAUUGUGCACUCCGAAAGUGAAAUGUUCAUUUCAAUGUCUAAAGAUAAAGGCACUUUCUUAGAGCAAAUUAAACGUCUAUUGAGGGUAAAAAAUCAUGGAAUUUACUUUGUAAAGACGCUAAAUUAAAGGAGGUGUAAUAACGAGUAAAUCUAACAAUGGGAAACCGUAAAGAGCAUGUACUCGGGUAACGAGUGUCUCUAGCAGGGUAGAAAGAACCGUCGAUAGAUUUUGGAGAAAUAUCGCUUUUAUUUCCUACAAACCAAUUUCUUUCCUUUCUGUACAUCAGUAAAAUUCCCUGUGGCUCAUUCUUUGACCCUAAGAGCAACUAAACUAAGAGAUAGCUUCACAUUUUUACCUUUUGUCAAAGGAAAGACUUGUCAAGUUUUCCCAUAUACACUCACAAGUUCACCACGAGUUUAUUCGCCAUGUUACUCCUUGACGAGUAACAAAAAAAGCUGGGUACGAUAUGCGACCACAAUGCUUCUUGGGAUUGUUUGAAGGGACAGCGGGAAAGUCAACAAACAUGCUGCACUACAAAUGCUGUUUUAAGGUGGCUCGAUACAGUUUUUCAGGGUCAAUUUAUCGAGUGGUUUAAAAAUCAUUUACUAAUUUAAAGUGGAGCAAAAUGUUUACACAACCGCUAACGACAGCGCCUCGAUAAGUACUAAUCAAAUCCUCCUUUCUAGCAAUCGGCUGGAUCUAUCUCCAUGAUCUUUCACACACGUUUAUAAAAAGAUUUAAAACUACUAUCAGGCGAAAUUGCACGUUAAAUGCAUUUCGUUUUCUACAGGUAACCUCCAAACAUCAAGAUUGUCCAUUUUUUACUGUAUUUCUAACCAUUAAAACUUCAUCCCAAAAUAUCUCGAUAACGCUCAUACAGAUUUCACUUAAACUUCAUGGACAUCGAGGAGGCUAUUGGAGGAAAAAGCUCCCGUAAACGAUUUUGGAAGAACUGUUCCCAGUACCGAGAAAUACUGCCGCAAGUAAAAUAGGUCAUGGUGUCAUUUCGUUUCUAUGACUCCGAUGUCAUUGCGACUCUGAUCAUAACAAAUUUUCAUCUUUAUCUAAUACAAUUGUGGUGGUAAUUUUUGCAAAUCUUUGUUUAUGUCGACGUAGUUUAUGCUCAAACUUGGGAGGUAUUGACCCUGAAAAACUGUAUCAAGCCACCUUGGAAAUUUUUCCUUGUGGAAACCGGAGUCCUAGACCUUGGAAUCCGGAAGACAGCUGCAGGAUUCCGGAAUGCCACUAACAAUUGGAAUCCGGAAUCCAGGUUCCACUGAAAAAGAUCUGGAAUCCAGUAAUUAGAAUCCAAAAUCCAAGGCGUGAAUCCAGAAUCUAAGACUUUCUUGGAUUCUCUUACAUAGGGCGAGUAACAGGUGGCUUGCUGCUGUCCCCCAUGUCCCUACAGCUAUUGCGUUCAUAAGUCGUACUAGUUCCCCGCCACUGAAUUUUCUUUUUUACCUAUCUCCAGGUCAAAGUUGCAAAAACCGUCCUCCUAUUGAUUGGAGUAUACAUAGUCACGUGGAUUCCAAUUCUUGUUAUCCAUUUCUUGCGCGUGGCCCGGAUCGGUUACAUUCCUGACUCAGUUGAUCUUGCUGCAGCGUUUCUUAUGAGCAUGAGUUGCGUGACUAAUCCUUGGAUCUACGGCUACAGAAACAGACACUUUCGUGACCAGCUGAGGCGGAUGCUCUGUAUAACGAACCGCGUGACACACCUUGUGGAGAGGCAGCAAGUAAUGAAUAACAUCGGCCAUCACAAGUGA